GGUCAGAAACGCUACUCCAAACGUGGAGAAGAAGGAGACCCGCAAGUCCAAGGUUGGUCGUGCCAAGAAGAGAUUGUUGUACAACCGUCGUUUCGUCAACGUUGUCACCGGUUUCGGAAAGAAGAAGGGAUACAACACCCAGAACGUUCCAAAUGUCUAAGCAACAUAGUAGCGUCGCGUCCGUCCCUCAGUAGUCCCGUGCCUCUCCGCUCAUUGCAACACUGGACACUCGAUCACGGAGGCCAGUCGGUCCUCAACAGCCCGUCUGUCCUCCACGUAAAUAAACAACCGGCUUUC